AUGCCUAAAGGUACCCUUGAAGUAACAAUUGUCGAAGGACGGCGUUUCAAAGAUAACGAUACUGUUGGACAGAGCGAUCCUUUUAUUGAACUUUACUUACAUAAGAAGUAUAAACAACGUACAGCAACUGUGUCGAAUACCAACGAUCCAGUAUGGAACGAACGAUUUACAUUCAACAUAGAUGAAGGUGAGGAUACGAUUCACUUCGAUGUUUAUGAUGAGGAUGUGGGUGACAAGGACUCGAUUGGUAGUGGGAAAGUGAAAUUGAAAAAUGUUUUUGAUGAUGGAAAAUUUGACGAAUGGGUUAAAUUACCUGCUCAUCUUGGCAUAUCUGUUCACGGUGAAAUUCAUGUUAUUAUGAAUUUUCAGCCCUCAUAA